UCAUCACCCAAGUGGCAGACAGUCAAUGUCCCAACCGUCCGACUACAGUAGCAACCGUUGUGAUUUCGGGACAAUGACAUCCAAGGAUCUUGAAGAACGUUCACUCAAUGUCCUAGCCCUCGCUAAGCAAAUACAAUCUUGGCUCUCCAAUGCAAGCACCUCUGAACAAUCCCAGAUAGCAGAUACAUCUAUCGAACUUCUCGACAACUAUCUCGGCGAUAUACCCUCGUUCACAGCAGCUCCCUCGUCAACCAUCCGUCGUCAAUUGGAUACUGAAGGAACGAAGCUAUGGAAUACAUGCACACAACUCAUGGCAAUCUCUGCUGACAAUUCCAAGCUGAGGCUACUGAGUAAAGUGAAAGCUCUCGCUUUUGCAAUGCUAGAUUGUGCCGCGUCUGCCCACAAUCAAGGCAACAGCCGAAGCUUCGAGCUCGCUUUGAGAGCAGCACGCACUUGCAUGGAUCAGGAACAGUUGGAUCUGAGCCAGAAGAUCAUCGGCAUAGCGGCUACUCGCUUGAAUGAUAUGUGUAGAAACCAGAGCAGCCAGAACAGAGCAAAAGUAGAAACCUACAUGACAGAAUACUACAUGCUGCGUGUCUACUUGUCCUGGCUGCAAGGUAGAUCCGAUAUUGCAGAGCAUUUAUUCUCCAAGGUCCCGCAAGCGAGCCGAGGCGGACAUUUGGAGACUGUUAUGGAUAUCUGCUAUCAAGUUGGGGCACAGGAAAUCUCACGUCGGCAGCUUGAUGUGGCAGCUCGAUGGCUUGAACGAGCUUUGAGCUCAUGCGAGCUCCUUCAGCAUGAAACCCAACAAGUCAAUCCGGAUCUGAAGGAUAAAAGGCUCCGGGUUUUAGUUGCUUUCGUUUGGGUCAGUCUUCAUCUCGACUCUGCAGACGCAAAGUUUGAUUGCGACAGGGCAGUAGCGUGUUUGAAAAGUGAAUAUGAUGAUGCUUUUGAAGCUCAAGUCCUUCAACUCGAGAUUUACAGCAAGGAGAACAUCUCCGACUACGAUGAAUAUGCUGAAAUCCUUCGGCGCGCCAUUGCCGUUCUGGAGCUCAACGAUGCUGAUCUUAAGAAUAUCCUAUACUUCAUCCAUAAGCUCAAGGAAUUCAGGAUCAAGCAGCUGUUGCAUGACAAGCUUGCUGUCUCAGACAAAAGAGCAUGGACAGAGCGUGUCUUCAUCAGCCUCGUUCGGGCAUUGACCGAAUCUUAUCCUUGUGCUCUCGACUGCAUCGCCGUCAUGAAAGAUGUGGCUCAAAGUCUCCUUGAGUUUGGACUCCAAUCUCUGAGUGAAGGGACAACCAAUGCUUGCUUGAUUCUAGUCUGGAAACACAUUGAUACAGCAAUGUCUAACGGAGACAUAUCACACGCUGAGCGAUGCUGUGAAUUUCUCCUCGAACAGCCCUUAUUCCAAAUAUCCUCGGACAGUAAAGGCAAAAUUCUAAGGAAGCUGAUCUCCUGCUCUCGGGAUGAUCCAAGCACACUUGAGGGGCAUAAAGUCAUUGUGAGACACCUUGAAGAAUGCAAAGCCUCAGCAUCUACGCUGUACAUGCUGUAUGGGGUAGCUUUACGAAAUGAUGACUAUACUCUUGGGCAAACAUGUCUUACGUCGUUGAGUGAGCUAGGGCAAGAGGGAAAGAUAUAUCUCUUUUCAUGUGCUGCAGAGGCUCGUCGGUCAGGAAAUACUCGAUUUACGAUCGAAUGUCUUCAGCAGCUUAUAACAGGCAUGGAUGACAAUUCCCUUGGAGAAGUACCCGUCUCAACACUGUUCCAGUAUGUGUUGCCCGUCUAUAUGGCAAUGGUCACUGAGCUAAUUCACUGCAUAAUCUUGCUUUCUCAACUCCUGGCGCCAGAGGACCGCGGCAAUGCGGCUUCGAUAGCCCAUCUCAUAUCCACAUUUGAGGAAGCUUUGAAACGUGCCAACAACGAAGGGAGAUUGCCACUCUACUCAGCCAGUGAACUAGAAUGGUUUGCGAGGAAGAGCUACAACAUAGCCCUUGACAUACAUAGAACCUCCCCUUCAGAGACUGUCCUACACCUCUUAGAGAUAUCCCUCGAGUUCACAGACCUAUACCAUAAAAAGACUGGAACCAAAGACCGAAUCUUCAUCUAUCUCCUCGCCGAGUACAUCAAAUGCAGCAAAUUGAUAGCCGAUGCCCGUGGUCAUACCCCCUCAUCUGCGAAGGCCUACAAGCAAAUCCGUCAAUCCGUACAGCACUUCGAAACCCACAUACAAGCCCAACUUGAUACAUGCAAAACCGCACCCGAACGUGAGGUAUGGACGCAUAAGUACCGUCCCCUGCUCGCCUUGGACUUCGAAGCGGCCAUCGAUCUUAAACAGUGGAACGACAUCCCGAGCAUAAUCGAGAGAACCAGCACGAUCCUCGAUGACCAGCUCUGCUCAGUAUUCCUAGACUGCAUCCUCCGCUCUGGGACGCCAGCUCCCAACAUCGCACAGGUCGUCAAGGAUAUAAUCUGCAUCUUCCACUCCUCUCCGUCUCCAUCCUUCGACGCUGGGGCCUUCCACCAGAAACUCCCCCGGUAUCUACGGUGCCUGUUUCAAACAGCCCUAGAGGCGAAAGACUACUCGCUGACAGAGUCAGUCCUCCACCAAGCUGUUGUGCUAGCUCGUGAUAACUCAGCAGACACGGACUUGCCGUUUGUAUAUCCGAGCGACGAGCUCAAAUGGCUGGCAACCAUGGCUUUUAAUAGAGCGGUCGAUUUAUAUCUUGCCUCGGCGGAUGAGGACUGUCGAAAAUGGGGAGAGAUUGCUUUUACACUGGCUGAUUUAAUAAAGGAUGACGGUGGCGCGCUGUUAAGAAUGCUGAGGCAAAAUUAUGCCAAACUUAUGUGAGGUACGGUUGAUGUUUCCUCGCUUAUAUAUCUCACAUCGGGAGUAGUCACAUUCGAUUAUAUACUUAGG